CGAACGCCGGACGUGUUACAACGAUAUAAACUUUAAUAUGACUCAGAUGUUUUAACCAAGAGAGCGCGCGGUAUAACUUCAAGAUGAAUAACAGCAAUAUAUCCACAGGGGUCCAUAUGGAUAUCAAAGACAGAUUGCCUGUUACACCCGUGGUUAUAAUUCUGUCAUUUUUAUCGCUUGGCACUGUGCUUGGAAACAGUUUGGUAUUCACAGCGAUCCUCAUUAAACCAGCCCUUCACAGCGUCACCUAUCUGUCUGUGUUCAGUUUGGCGAUCGCAGACUUCUUAGCAGGAAUAUUCGCCAUGCCCAGCUACAUCCUUAAAAAGUUUUCCAUGACAGAAUCUAUCGAUGUCAUCGUAUGCGACGUAUUCCGUUUUUCGUAUUUCCUCACCGGUUACGCUUCUAUACUGAGCCUGUCUGUCAUUAGCGUAGAGCGCCUACUCGCCGUUAAGUGGCCGCUGAGAUACGCAACUGUUGUCACACACAAACGAGUUAUCAUAGGUUUGUUUCUCACUUGGUUUGACGCAAUAGUAAUAUCACUGCUACCGUUUGUACCAUGGGAGCCAGAUUCUCCUUAUAUGGAGUGCAAUUACGAACCUACUCGUUGGUGGAGCAUCAUGGUCAUUGUAACCAACGUUAUCUUGCCAUUUGUAAUUAUAACAACCUGCUAUAGCUACUUGUAUCUAACUGCCAGGUCGCAUAUAAAGAAGAUAAUGAGUGACAGAAAGAGCCUAGGAAAUAUUAAAACUAAAAGACCGCGACAAACCAACGAACGGAAAGCGAGUACCACAAUUUUAAUUGUUAUUGGAGUCUUCGUGGCCACCUGGUUUCCUUCUUGCUUCUAUUACUUUCUACUUAAGACCUGUCCGCAAUGUUUUUCGGAGUCAUUCCGAAGAAAACAGAGUAUUUUAAAUGCCUUCGUAAAAAUUUUAACUUUCACCUCGUCUUUUGCUAAUCCUGUGAUUUAUUGCUGGAGAAGCCGGCAUUUCAGAAGAGCUUUCUUUGAGAUUUUGGCAAGACUGUCAAGGAAGUUUUUUACACCGCGAAGAAAGGAUAGCAAUAGUACUGAAGCUGGUCGCUACAGAGGAAACACAAUAACCAGCAUUGGUAAAACUGAGGCCUGUAAUGUUUUUGUGUCUGAAAUGGACGAAGGCAAAUAUAUUCCUUUUAGACUAGACGCACCUAAAACCGAGUCCAGGAGAAUUCAUGAAGUGAAAGAUGAACAACUUUGACACGUGCUUGUGAUAAGUAAGAACUGACAGAAAGGCAUCAACAUGCACCAAAACGCUAUAUGCCAUAACAUAAGCGAUGAAAAACAAAGCAUUUAGUAACGUACCGUCGUGUACACUUUCAUGUGGUCAACAUACAGUUUCGACAAAAAUAGCACUCGCUCCUACUUUGAUGUAAACUGAGUUGUAUGGGCAACAUGGAGUGGACAAGAUUUCUUUCCUGUUUUUUUUGUUUUUUUGUUUUUCUUUUUGUUUUUUUGUUUUUGUUUUUUUGGCGAGUGAGUGCUCAGUAUUUUCUAAGCGAAGACUAUGGCCGCCAUCUUUAAUUUUAAUGACAGCGGAAGGCUGGGGAGGAUAAAAAUAUAUACUAAGGGGAGUAAGCGACGCUCACAACUAAGGAGAGGGGUGGA